AUGGCAGCAUCGAUCUCAAGAAGGCUCCAACUAAGCAGCAUCUGCUCCUCCGAGAAUGCCACCCACACAGUGUGUCUCUUGCUCGACAACCUACCCGACUGUGUCACCAUCCCUCAUGAUGUGUUCAACAAUCUAGCAACCGGUGCUCCUCUUUGGGCGGGCUCUCGGCAGCUCGCACCGUGCUGUGCACAACCUGACCGAACGAUUACCAAUUGCUCGCAAACACUGCUGCCAAUCGAAGUGAAGCCAACGUCUGUUAUUCCAGAAGGAACUGAGCUGGUCGAAGAAAUCAGCAGCACUUUAAAGAAGCUCUACAAUGCCAUAGAGGCAAAAGAUCACCGCUGGAUAAAGCUAUCAUCGACGGAUCGGAAAAGUUGGGAGAAAAUCGUGCACAGCUCUCCGGCAUCGAAAGCUUUCACGCAAGCCUAUGGUUACUCGUGUGCCAACAAAACCCGUUACGCCAUCCUCACUAAUGGCAUCGACUGGUGGUUCAUCAAGCGGUCAAGGCAACGCAUGGGGGACGUGCAAGUGACUCCCUCCAUCAACAUUGGAAGCACAAACCCAACGGUCGCACAAUGCUUGAACUAUAUUGCCAAGCGGGCGUUGGAAAGGCCGGGAUGCCCGUCGCCCUCUGAUCCGACGCCGUUUCCACCCUCCUUCAACUCGCAGUUCCCGCACCAAACCCGCUCGCUGCUUCUUCCGCCUGACAGCCAUGCCCCUGUGGUUUUGCUGCUUGCGGACGGCACCGAACAGUUUUUUGACGACGGGGACGUCGUUGGGCUGGAAGAGACUGUUGAAGGGCUGCAUGGCAGCACUUCAAGAGCUGUAGUCUUUGGAAUUACCAUAGCUUUGAAAGUUGUUGACUUAUACAAAAUGCAAGACGGACUUGCACCGCUUGAGAAUGAAUUGGCAUGCUACCAGCACAUGGCAAAACUUAACGGAACUAUUGCUCCGCGCCUCCACGCCUUUGGUAUGCUGGGGAACGGUGCCUUCCCGGUACUUGGUACCGAGUGGAUUGACGGUCACCCACUCAGCAAAAAUGAUUCCGCUCUCUUUCCGCAAGUCCGAGAGGCAUACAGCAAGCUCCACUCCAUGUACAUCAAGCAUGGCGAUGUAGCCAGCCGCAACAUCCUUGUGACCAACGACAUGGUCAAGCUCAUAGACUUCGCUCAGGCUAUCAUUUUUGAAGACAAACAGGUGGCGCGUGGCGAACUAGAUGAUGAGAUGGACGCUGUCGAGGCGCUGCUGCGCAAGCUCGGAGUGAAAUCGCAGGCCUCAGCCGCUGACAUCCCCUUACGCAAAAUGCCUCGUGUGGAGUAG